UUUACAACAACUGACUUUUAUUUCAACAAGAAGCUUUAUUUACUCUAUAUGGAGUUUGAGAAAAAAGGUCAAGAUUUUUCUGUGAUCCCAAAAGAGCAUGAAGUAGAAGAAUACAUUAGAGGUUGUUGUUGUGAUGCAAAUGUAGCUUGGAACAAAGUUGAUCAUGUGUUAUUCUCGAUUUAUGUCGAUCAGGGAAAAUCUAAAUUGGGACAUUGGGUUUCGGGUGUCUUUACCUUCAGUGAUUGGUGUACCCAUGUGUACGACUCCCAACGUGAUUCAAAAAAUGAAAAACUUGUUAUGAAAAUUCUGUUAUCUUACAAAACAUUGCUACCAUACUUUCUAGAAAAAUCCAAAUUCAAUGCUAAGAGGGGGAUUGACAAAACUCAAAGUGAUGCUUUGCUGAUAAAUCUGGUUGAUAACCUGCCACAACAAAUCAAUAGUGAUUGUGGAGUUUUUGUUGCUGUCUUUACUGAUUAUUUCGUGCAUGGUAAAGAAAUCGAAAAAGACAAUAUUGACAUUGAGAUACAUCACACCAAGUAUGGAUCCCUAUUGUGGGAUUAUGGAAGAAAAAAACAAAAGGCCGAUGCAACUAGCGGGACUAAAGAAGUUACUGGCAGAUGGUUCGGGAGGAAGAAGAGGAAACGUGAGGAAAAGUAAGGGGCUACAUAUAAUUGCUUUUUGAAUUUUACUUAGAUGUUUUGAAGCGGUAAUGUAAAGUAUAUACAAUGUGAUUUUUAGAAGGGGAUUUGACUAAGCUGUUUUGAUGCAAUACUGUAAAG